AUGGUGAAGUUUCAGUAAAGUCGGUGCCGUAAUCGACAGCACAUGCUUUCGGUGGCAAAUAUUUUGUACCGCGGUGUCCAAAGAAAAAAGAAAAACAACCGUAUCGCGUGCGAAGGCAUAAGUUUCACGAUAGUCACCAUGAGUGAUUAAUGCCAAAGGCUUGUCGGUGAAGAAGAGUGCCUAAGAAAUCAUUGCCAUAUGUCCUGAUAUUGAGGGCUAAAGAGUGUUUUUCUGUGCAGUUGAAAACUUCCUCUCUUUGUGUCGUUUCUUUAAACACUCGCUGAGCGGGAAAUCGACACAAAUCCGAUAAUUAAUACAUCAAAUAUAAGAGUCCAUUGAAAGCGAUUGUGUCUGUGAAUGAGCCUCGCAGGUGACCUCCGAAGAUCAAACGCAACAUUUCAUCAGGCAGAUUCGUCAGACGAUCGCAAAUCACCAGCUAAAGGUCCCAGUCCAGUCAUGGAGCCCAAGACGCUGCGCCAGCAGUGCGUGGAGCGCCUCGCGGACAUGCCGUACGGCGAUGUGGUGCUCCGAGAGCUGGCGGAGGUGUCGCAGAACAUCACGGGCCUGCUGCGCCAAGCCCGCGACGACGACCACAGCUACUGGUCGGACCCGCAGAUCGGGGGCCACGAGACGCCGCCGCCGGUGCCUGAGCGGCCGCCGGAGCGCCCCAGUUCGGCCCACGGGGCGUUGCACCGCGAUGUAUCGCGGGCGACGGCGACCGCAUGCGCCGCCAAGGACGACAACAGAUUAUUGGCAAUCAUCCGAGAGUCUGAGCACGAGCAGCAACAGUCCGCAGCAGCGGCCGACGAUCCGCAGUCCAGUGAGGCGAGUCCGCAAGCGCGUGACGUCACAAUGGUGUACGAUACUCGGGAGUUCGAUAAUAUGUUCGAGGCGAUGUCCAAGAGGUUCUCCAACUACGAGCUGGGCGGCAGGAAGGACCAUGCGGCCACGAAGAGGUACUCGAACAUCGAGACGCGGUCGUUCGAGUCGCACCGCCGCCUGGAGGAUGGCCAGGUGGUGCACGAGGAGACCAAGAGGCAUUCGGAGAAGAUCACGGACGAUAAUGGGAACGUGAGCAAGAGUGUGGAGAGUGAAAGUGGCGUGAAGCCAAGCAAGGUCGCUUCGGUGAGUGAGAAUCGCGAAAUAGACCAAAAUAGCAAAGCGGGAUGUCUCAAUCGAGACUCAGGGACUACCAAAAUAUUCGGUGAUGACUUUCUUCGUGCGAUGCGCCGCGAUAUUGUGGAUGACAAUUUUGAUUUCCACACGGUGCCGCGACGCCCAAAUCGGAUCGUGCCGGCGUGGGAGUCGCGCAGCAACUUGAGCGUCGUGGAUGAGUCGCCGGAGAAUGUGACGCGCCCUCUGGUGCGUGAGGACAAUCUCUGCCGUGGCCAGAGAUCAGCGACGGAAAUAAAAGCGCCCCGACUAACCGAUGUGGAGCCGAGGCCUGACCUGACGCAGCGCUUCGACUCGCUGCAGAGCAAGGUGACUCAGCGCCGCUCCAUGAUCGACACGACGCCCAUCACGCGCCAUGUUGACCAGAAUGGGCAGCAGCGGAGGCUCUCGCUGCCGAAGGACUUCCACGAGAAGCAGCUGCAGUACAUUCGGCAGAAGGAGUCCGAGCUGCAGGCGGAGUUCGAGAAGCUGGAGCUGGACAGGAAGCGCCUCGAGGAGGAGAUCACCACGAUGCGGAUGAGCACAGUACGUGGCGAGAGUCAGUCGAAGAGGUCGAGUCUCUUGUCUGACGAGGAAGUGUUUCGGCAGCAAAUGCACUCCGAGUGGCUGGACAAGGUCGCUGAGAGAGAGGAGCGGCGCUUGCACAAGAUCAUCAAGAUCACGAAACCCGAAGACACUCCACCGGCUCCCAAGUCCGCCCCUGUCGACAUAGAGAAUGAAUUUCUGCGGAAAGUCAAGGAGCGGCGGACGAAGCUCCACAUGCCGGCGGAUAGCGAUUGGGAGAGUGGGGCGGAGUCUCAGCCGCCGACUCAGGAGGCCAGAGUGCGCAACGUCGAGGUAAAGGUCGUGAAUGGGGACAAGGAGGCGUCCGUCAAGGAGCUUCCGCGGCACCUGCAAGAGUUCGCCGAGUCCUUCGCGACGGUCGCAUCUCAGGAAGAAGAAGAAGCCACGACGCCUGCGAUUGUCAUUAUCGGCACCCCAAAGACACCGCCGCCGAAGCCCAGACGCUUCCAGGCGCUCCCGAGGGUCAGUGUGUGUCACCAGGCGAAAAAGCACGACGUCCAAGUUCAGCUGCGCUCACGAAAGCCCACUAAUCAGCAGCUUUCAGCGUCUCAGCUCACGCUCAAUCGCAAAAGCUUAUCGGAGAGCGAUCUCCUGCACGAAAUUGAUAAAUCACUGGUGCUGGCUAAAGGAUUCCUUUUCGCACGCGAGGAGUUAAGUGGAUUGCCAAGGAGACUCCCGAAGCACUCUUCCCUCCAGCCACAGAGACGACAGACCAUCGAAGCGGUGCGAAACGUGAGAAAUAUGGGGCAGGAAUCACAGUCAACAACACCGGCAAUAAUAGCUCCAAAAUUCAAAGCGACAGCGCCUUCUUCAGGCAUCUGGUCACCGGUCAAUAAGUCCGAGCCGAAUGUGUCGGGGAGUCAGCAAAACUCGUCAGAUGGGGCGGCAAUUCCACUUCCUCCGCCGCCACCCGUCUGGGUGCCCAACAGCGCCGAGCCGUCGCCUCAGCUGGGCGGCCGGAAAGUCGGAUUCCGGCCCGUGCCCUUCGAGUCGCCCACACUCACGCGGCGCCGCUUCACCAGGAACCCCUCGGAGCCCCUCUCGCCGCCCGUGGAACCGCCGUGGAAGCAGCCGGGCGGCGAGAGCGCCCCGGAGAUGCCCGCGCCAGGCAACUCCGUCCAGCGCCUGGCGCAGUCCUUCUCCGCGCCCAGCAUCAAUCGCCUCGGCACCACGCAGCUGCCGCGCUCGCAGAAUCCCACCAUGACGCUGCUGCAGAAGGCGCGAGAGGAGCGCUCGUCGAAAGUGAGCCAGGAAGCGAGGAAGCCCAAUGAAAUAAUCAUCCCGAUCCGGCAGGAGAACUCGACAGAGUCCGGCUGCGACUUUGGCAGGAACACAAUGACGGAAGUGGCGUCCAGACAGGUGGACAGUGUCAACCAAGUGAAGGAAGGCAUGCCACUGGUUCUCAGAUCGGAGAUUCGAGAAGAUAAUCAGUCAAAAUGGUACAAAAAAGUCUACAAUACAAUUCACAAAGCCAAAGAUGACGAUGAUUAUGUGACAGUCCGCUACAAAACUCGGCGAGGCCGAUAUCCGUACAGAGCCAAUGGGUACAUGUCAGAGCCGGAGCCCAACUAUGAUUCCGACUACUCGUUCAAAUACAGCACCCUGGACAGAAGACGCACUCCAUCAGCCGGAAGUCAAUACGAUGACAGUCGGUCGUAUGGAACAAUGCCAAAUCCCGUUCGGUCAGGACAGACUUCCUAUCGCAAUCACCCGGGAAGGAUUGAGAACUACACGCCGGGACGCUCUUCUGUGUCUGAGCGGGAGACGAGAGAGUGGUGGGACGAGGUUAUGGAUAUCUUUGAUGGGUGGUUGGAUGAAAAUUCCACUCAUCCCCUCUUCAGCAUUGUGUUUGCCAGAGAAGUGCAUAAAUUUCAUUUGGAGCAGCAACGCAUGGCCAACAGCUACAGCCAAGGAUACCUAUCAAGGGCACUCAAGGAGCAGGGCUACGAGAGCGACUCUUCACUUGUCUUCCGGAAGCGCAAUGAUGUCGCCCUGACACCUCUGAGUCCUGUUGAGCAGAAGCAAGCGUACAAGAGUGUUCAGGCGGGCGGCGAACCACCACUUCAGGGAUUCCGGAAGCCGGCGCCCGAGAAACCAAAGGAUGAGGCAGAACCGGAAAUUGAGUACAUUCCCAUCACGCCGACCCUCACAAAAAUACGCGUCCACCGAAAAGUGCCACAGCCGAAAGCCACCCAAGUCGUGUGUUAUCCCAUCACCAGUGUCACACGGCCCAUUGACAUGUUCGGGGCUUUCCCCAAAGAAGUCAAGUCCUUUGUGCCGACAGUUCCGCCGGCGCCGCCGAGCCGAAAGUCCAGCAAGCUCAACUCCACGCUGAAGCUCUUCUCGGAGGCGAAGGUGACGUCGCCGAGGAGUCACCACGAGGCCUGCUUCAGCUCCACCACAACCGCCAAGGGCAGAUCCAAGUCCGCCUCGUCCACCUACUCCGCCUCGAGCAUCAAGGAGGAGAAGAACCUCGCAAACAGCACGAGAAUUCAGGCCAGCAAGCAAAUCUGCCGAUCCUACUCAUCCAGCAUGUCUCCGAGAUCGCAUUCGUCGGAGGUGCGCAGAUCUAGUCCCAGUCCUGUCGCCUUUGGGCGGAGUAUCUCCAAGGAGCGCACUUUCGCCGAGGAGAAGAAGCGCCUUGAGGAAGCCCUUCCGCAGUGUCGGCGUCUUCGCAAUGUGACAACAAGAAUCCUGCGAAAGAGCGACGUGAAGUCGCCGGAUGAGGUGAAGAAGGCCAUCCAGAACACCUUUCGAAUACUGCCCGUCAAGGAUAAGCCCGGAACUACUAUCCAAUCCGGCCGUGGUGGAAAGAUUAAACCGGGAACUGGAGGAAGCACUACAAAGUCUACGACUCACAUCACAACCAGUCGCAGUGUCACUCCGAAGACCUCUAGUCGCACUUCCCUCGCUCUUUCAUCUUCGAGCAAGGCGGUUCAUAAGGCUCCCGCGGGCACUCGAGGCCGGUCAGUGGGAAGAGCGGCGUUGCCAGUAAUCACGACCAAAGCCCUGAAGUCAUCGUUGCUGAAGUCAACGAAAAGCACGGGUAAGUCCACUUCGAACCUGAGCUUGGCUCGCACAAGCUCGACCUAUUCGAUCGACUCAACAAACUCGAAACGACGAACACCAGUUCGUCCCACGACAAUCACGAGAUUUCCCAUCAGCGGGAAGAAGCAGAAGAAGAAGGAUCAGAAGAAGACGGACGAUGAUUUGCAGUUGCGGCGCGUGGAGAGUGAAAUUGUGAGAUUUGAAGUGGAUCUCAAGGAUGAAAUUGAGAAGAAGCACAGAGAAUUGCGAAAUUCCGUCAACCGAUCGAUCAGACAACACUCAGAUGCCAUCAAAACAGACUCUUUCUUCCAAAAUCUCUUCCUUCGCGACUUCCAACCCACCACACUUCCCAUUCGAUCGUGCACAGUCUUGGACAAGGUUCGCCUGUGGAAUACUCUGACCACCAAAUCCGAACCGUCUCUGCGUCCGCUGAAUUCCUACUUGAUCCAGAAACAGCCCGUGACCUCGUCGAAAUUCAAGAUGCUGGAGAGGGAGCAUUUUCGCCAAUCCCGAAGCCUCAGUCCAGUCAGGAUCUUUCGUCCUGGACGCUUAGCGUACGAACACAUCAGCAAGUUUGAUUCGUUCUACCAAUUGUCCGACGAGGAGGAGGAAUUCGGCAGUCUGACGGAGUUCAAUUACAGCUACCAAGAGAGGAGCCGAAGUGAACCUCCGGGAAGCACAGUUCUCACGGAGAUCGUGAGACCGAAUUCCCCAGUCGUCAUCCACGGACGCCGAAGUGUGACAGACUAUCGAGAGUCAUCAGAGAAACGCAGCAGCACAAGAUCUCCAUCUUGUCGGCGCAUCCAGAGCUUCCGAUCGACAACACAGACCUCAACAGAGAGAUCUCCCAAAGUCGUGACACGCGCCAAAAGCCUCAACAGUGCAGAUCGUGAGCAAGCGAGAAGGAAUUUCUUGAAUGAGCAACUCUCCCACAGUUCGACUUCUCUGAACACGCUUGAAAAACACACGCCCGCUUGCAAUCAUGGCAGAUCCGAGCGAUUCCAGGAACUCAACAAAUUCUACUCGAAUCUUGAAAGGGUUGGCCAAUUAGAAAGAGCAACUUCUUCCUCAGAUCUUCGGCCAAUUCGAAGACAGGAAGAGAUAAUUGACUUUGAUUUGUGGAAAAAGAUUCGAGCUCAUGAGAGGGCCGAGAAGGAACUCAAUUUCCUGGUGGGGAAGCUUAAGCAGGAGCAGAAAGAGAGAGAUCUCCUUUUCCGUCCCAAAGACGUCGAGGAUCUUAGGUGGAAUCAACAUCUCGAGCCGGGAUUGAGAAUCAAGGAAAAGUCAGUGGAAGAUUUAAGAGAAAUGUUUCAGCAGAAAGCCUCACAGACUUUUCCCGAUGAGGAUCAGCGACAAGAAAUUGAAUCGAACAAGGACACUUACAAGCCCUUCUGGCGCGGCAAUUCUGUCGUAGAUCUGGCCACGAACAUGAUUAUCAAGUACAAUCCUGGCGAAGCUAGAAAACUGCCUCGGAAAAUUGAGCUGCGAGAGGACAAAUGCUUCGGACUCAGUCGCAAACUCGUCAGCACGCUGAGCAAGGAUCAAGUGGCGAAGCUGAAGCACCAGUUGAAUGAAAUCUACAGUUCAGGCCCAGGAGAAGGCGGGAAAAAGGAAAAUAAGUAUGAGGAAAUCUCAGAGAAAUACGUCGUCACUGUUCCUGCGUCGCCAUUAAGUGUGGAGAAGAAGUCGACUCCUUUGACUGUCAGGAGUCACUCUCUGGUGUCUCGAGAGGAGCUUCUGACGCCAGUUCUGAAGCGCCAUCAAGCGCGAAUAGCGCUGGAUAAAGCCGAAUCCAUAAGUUCAAUCAAUGAGGACAAAGUGUCGAAGGUGAUUCACAAGUUUGAGAAUGUCCUCACGAGAUCCGCAGAUCGCGAUCACUUGACAGAGGUUGAGAAGAAGCGCCUGUCUGCGUCACUUUGCCAUGAGAUUAAGGACAUCGUGGCUCAGCGUCGCCAAAGAAUGGCUUCUCCGUCUGUUGUGGCGGGAAAGGAAACCCGAGGCGCCAUUGCAGCUGAGAGCGCUAAGGAAUCUCUGCCGGGAAGACCUUACUAUUCCCUCGAGCUCACAGAAACCGUUCAGUCGACUUCAGAAGGCGAUGCCGUGAAGUCCGUGUCGAAAAUUCAAACCAAAUCCUUGCGUGCUGGUGACAAGAAGACAGUUCAGCACAUUGUUGUCAAGGAAUCUUCUCAGCGUCCAGCUUCCAAAUGCGAGACAGAGAGUGGAUCUUCUGAAGCUUCCAACAGAACUGUUAUCUACAUGUCUGGAGACGCCAUUAAGAACAAAAUUCAGUACUUUGAGGAGAAAGAGAAGAAUGACAAUUCACUUGGAAGUACAAUUUAUCACGCCAGGGAAGAUUCAUCGCCAGACGAGGAGGAAGUCAUGAAGAUCGUUGAGCAGAAAGUGAAGCAGAGACAAGAAGAAGCUGAGAAGAAACUGCAGCAAGAGAUGAAAGCUUCGCAGUCGUUCACGGAUUUGAGGGAGAUUUUUGGAGAGAAGACAUCUGUGGUGAGCAAUUACACAAGCAAGAAGUCUCGAUCGGUGUCGCCAGUUAAGAGUCCAACAAAAGCGAGGGGAUUUUCACCUGAGAAAUCCCUGUCCAACACUGUCAGCAUUGAGAGUGUCUCGCUGAGGUCCAGAAGCAUCUCACCGGAGUACAGCGAUGGCCUGCAGAGAUGCUAUCUCAACAUGGUUUGCACGGGAGAUGUUCAGAAGAUGAGGCACAAGUUUGAGAGUCUCAGCAUAAGUCCAUCCCCAGUCGCGGGGGCUCCCAAAAAGCCCCGGCGCUUUCGCAGCGAUCCAGACUUAUCGAAGUCUUUUUUAGGGGAGCGGGGCGCAAGCCCCGUCAAAACUACGGUCCGAGAUCAUGAGAUGGGCGACGUUUCCUGGAUCACGCACAAGUUUGAGACCAGAAACGCUGCCGCAGUUGCUGAGAGGAGCCGCAGCAGGACUCGCAGGACCUCCUCUCCCAUCCAGAAGGUGGCUUUCCGAAGGGAUGAUCGUCGUUUCAUGCCUCACAUUGACAUCAUCAGCAAGACGGCCUCGCUGAGGCGCGAGAUCAAGCGCACGAGUCCUGUGAACGGCAUCUCUGUGCCUGACGCUCCCAUUAAGCUAGGCGAGGUGGAGAAGAUUCGCCACAAGUUCGAGGAGAACCGAGAUAUGUCCCUCCUCGGCCAGAUGUACACCUCUGCUCCGGACAUCACGGAGUUGAAGGACAUUUCGUCAUACUUAACCGGUCCCUGGGUCGCUCAUCGCUAUCCCAGGCCGCAGGACAACGCCAGAUCGCUCUACGCGAAGAGCAAACUCACGUCUGACGGCGUGUCUCUGAAGCGCCGCGACUCCAGACCCAGCUCAACGUCGCCUCCGCGCACCAAAUCCUUGGCCGCGAAGAUCCUCAGACCCUUCUACGAUGUCUUCGCGGACCAGAAGUUCGAUCCGCUGAUUCACAGGCCCAAGUCACGCUAUGUGCCCGACAUGAAACGCGAAGCGGAGGCGCUUUGGCAGAAAAUCCACGGAAAUGUGCGGAAACCGUCAGUGAAAUUUCAAGAAAAUGCCGUAGUUCCUCCACCGCCACCCAUUAAGGGCGUCCCAUUGAAUGGCAAUCUCCAGAGCCCAGUGUCUUUCUGGCAACUUCAGCACAACGUCGCAAUGAUGUAUUAUGUAUCUCAGCUGAUAAAUUGGCAAUCUCUAUCGCGUUACCCAAUCUUUAUUAGCAUAACCGAAGCACUGACUCAACAGCGUCUGAGUGCGCACAAUUUCAGUCGUUGGCUGUUGCUCUGCAUGUUCAACUGGAUGGGCGAUCGAUUGGCGGGUCAGGAGUCCCUCGGGUACAUUAUAACUCAUGCAAAUCCCGUCAUAUCCGAUUACAAUCACAACGAUGUCGCGGCGGAGCGCUCGCCCACUCCGCCGCGCGAUAAUGGAUUUGGCGGGCACAAAGGACUCGCGAGCUCCACUCAGAGCGAUCUCAGACUCAGCGACGCAUCCACUCGGCCAAUUAUUUAUGGACCCAUUCCGUACAAAUCACCACAUCGCUACGUGGAGUCGGACGUGAACAUCCACUAUCGCAGUCCCAUCAGGUAUGAGUACAAGGACCCCAUCGCGGAGGACGAGCUGGCCCGGCGCCAGGCGGAGGCCAUGAAGAGGAUCUACCAGGAGGAGAGGCGCAGGAAGUACCUGCAGGAGCUGCAGGACAUGAGCAACCGCCGCCACACGGACAUGCACCCCAACCAGAAGUCCCCGAUUCCGCUCAACAGAUUCGACGACUUCGGCGCGGACGACUACAGCAAGCAACUCCUGCCCAGGACCGUGGCCAGAGCUCUCUUCAACUUCCAGGGGCAAUCUGCCAGGGAGCUGUCCUUCAAGAAAGGCGACAUCAUCUACAUCAGACGCCAAAUCGAUAAGAACUGGUACGAGGGAGAGCACAACGCCAUGCUGGGACUCUUGCCGCUGAAUUAUGUAGAGAUAAUCUCCAAAGACGGCGUCCGAUGCCCGCCGAAACCGAAGCCCGCAGAAGGCCAGGCGAGAGCCAAGUACAAUUUCAACGCGCAGAGUGCAAUCGAGCUGUCGCUCAACAAGGGCGAACUGAUCAAGCUCACGCGGCGCGUCGACGACAAUUGGUUUGAGGGCAGAAUCGCCAACCGGAAGGGCAUCUUCCCGGUGGCCUAUGUGGAGGUGCUGACGGACAUCGGCUCCGACGACGCCCACGUGCCUCUGGCCAAGCCCGUGGGCUCGCCGGCGGCGCACUCCCUCAUCACGCCAGAGCUGGAAGUGUCGCCGUACACGCGCGAGACGCGCUUCGAGCUCGAGGCGCCGGUCGUGGGCGACAAUGGCGUCAUCCGCGGAACGAGGACGGUGAAGAAGACGGAGGUUCUGCACGUGGACACCAACUCAGACCCAAUCCCAUAUCGAGCUCUCUACAAAUACAAACCGCAGAAUCCGGACGAGAUGGACAUGGACGAGGGCGACAUCGUGUACGUUCUGGAGAAGUGCGACGACGGAUGGUUCGUGGGAACGUCUCAGCGGACAGGAUGCUUCGGCACCUUCCCAGGAAACUAUGUAGAGAAAAUAUAGAAAGCCAAAAGUAGUUCCGCGUCCUCUUCUCAUUCUAACCAGUUCCUUUCACUUGCCCGUUAUCGUUUCGUCCCUGCCCGAAGACGCCCUUCUUGCUAUUAGUUCUUAGUUAUUUUAUGUUUUGUAGGUGGGUGCAAAAACUUAUCAAAGUUUCUAACACUAAUUAAUUUUUUUUCUUUCUUUUUAAAUAUUUUUGUUUGCACAAAAAUCACGUGGAAAAAAAUCUAUGGAGAAAAUCAUACAGCCAAGAAAAGCGCUCCACAAGAAUAUGGAGUGGCUUCUGAAAAGAUGUUCUGAAAAUCAUGUUAAUCUCCUCAAAAAACAUUAUGUGGAUAACUAGUCAUUGAUUCCCAAAAAUUUUAACAUCACAGAAACGUCUCUGAUAGUGUCUAUAUUUUAUUUUGUUUUUUUUUUUAAUAUUAAAACCUCUGAGAGAGAUUGUUGUCAAAUAAAGAGAUAUAUAUUUUCUACUCUUAAUAUAAUAAAAUAUUUUUCUGUCUUCUCUUUAAGGUCGUACAAUUAACAUAUUACCGAAAUUUUGCCGUUUGAAAAGAAGUUUCACAGAAUAUUUGUAGAGUAACAAAGACGAUGCGAUGUUAAAAAUGUUCUCCGGAGAAUGAAGAAAAGAGCCUGUAAACAUUUAAACAUGCUUAUAAAAAAAUGUGAGAAGAAAAUAUAACUGAUGAUAUUUUUGAAUUAAUGUGCCUUUAGCUAAGGGAAAAACACUCAUUACAUUGAAACUCGAUGAAUAACAAUUUUCAAAGUACUUUGUAAUUGAUAAUAAUAUGAUUAUACCACAAUUUUCACAAUUCAUCGUUAAGAAGGUGAAAGAUAAUUGUCCAGCAAUUUCUUUCUCUCUUAUUUUCACUUAUGAAAUUUCGAAUUUUUAGUGAAUUUACAAAACAAAUGCCUUCUACUAAUAAUGAUUAAAAUUGUAUCGUAAUCAUAAUAAAUUUAAAAAAAAAAUUUGUCAAAAAGAAAUUGUAACACAUUUUAUUCACAGUGGAAAAUAAAUUGUACUCAAAAUUUA